AUGAUCUCCAAGGCUCUGGAUGUAGAUAAUCGUACAGCAACAACACAUUUCAUUCUUCUGGGAUUUCCAACAAGACCUGUCUUCCAGUUGCUCCUCUUUUCUGUUUUCCUGGCAACUUACCUGCUGACCCUGCUAGAAAACUUCCUUAUCAUCCUAGCCAUUCGCAGUGAUGGACAGUUGCACAAGCCAAUGUACUUCUUCCUGAGCCAACUUUCUUUCCUGGAGAUGUGGUAUGUCACAGUCAUCAGCCCCAAGAUGCUAGUAGACUUCCUCAGCUAUGACAAGAGCAUUUCUUUCAAUGGUUGCAUGACUCAGCUUUACUUCUUUGUGACUUUUGUCUGCACUGAAUAUAUCCUCCUUGCUGUCAUGGCCUUUGACCGCUAUGUGGCCAUCUGCAAUCCAUUACGCUACCCAGUUAUUAUGACCAACCAGCUUUGUGGUACAUUAGCUGCGGGAUGCUGGUUCUGUGGACUCAUGACUGCCAUGAUUAAGAUGGUUUUCAUAGCCAGACUCAACUACUGUGGCACACCUCACAUUAAUCACUACUUUUGUGAUAUCUCCCCACUCCUCAACGUUUCCUGUGAAGACUCUUCGCAGGCCGAGUUGGUGGACUUCUUCUUGGCCCUCAUGGUCAUUGCUGUUCCCCUUUGUGUAGUAGUUGCAUCCUAUGCCACCAUCCUCACCACUAUCCUCAAAAUUCCUUCUGCUCAGGGUCGCCAAAAGGCAUUCUCCACUUGUGCCUCUCACCUCACUGUUGUAACUCUCUUCUAUUCUACUACCCUUUUCACCUAUGCCCGCCCCAAACUUAUGUAUGCCUACAAUUCCAACAAAAUAGUAUCUGUGCUCUACACAGUCAUUGUCCCUCUCCUCAACCCCAUAAUUUACUGUCUCAGAAAUCGUGAGGUAAAAGCCGCUCUCAAGAAGAUCAUACUUUGCAAACAAAGUGGGAGCAGAGAAGAUAAGGCUUUGAGUGGUUAG